UGCCUCCGCAGUCGGGUUGGUGAGGUCACCUCCCUUCGCCUCGCGGGCUGGCCAGGCUCCUCCUGCGGCAGCCGCAGUGACAGCUGAGCCCCGGUUUCCUUUCCGCGGCUUGCCCUGCUGCUGCUGCUGCUGCUCCUCCGUGGUCCUCCUCGGUGCGCCUUUGCAGCCCGGGCGGUUGGCUGCUCGCUGCCCAUCCGUGAGAACGAGCAAGGCUUGGGGCGGGCGGGGAAAUCAACAUGGCUGAUGAUUUUGGGUUCUUCUCCUCCUCGGAGAGCGGGGCAGCCGAGGCCGCAGAAGAAGACCCGGCAGCGGCUUUCUUGGCUCAGCAGGAGAGCGAGAUCGCGGGCAUUGAGAACGACGAAGGCUUCAGCACGGCCGAGGGGGGCCCCGGCGGGGGCAGCAGCAUCCCGGAGGCGGAAGAGCUGUCGGCUAGUUUUGAGAACACAGGAACCACUGUGAAUGGAGAUGUCUUUCAGGAAUCCAAUGGGCCCACAGAUGCCUAUGCAGCCAUUGCCCGAGCUGACCGGUUGACACAGGAGCCUGAGAGCAUUCGAAAAUGGCGAGAGGAGCAGAAAAAGAGACUGCAAGAGUUGGAUGCUGCUUCCAAGGUGUUAGAACAGGAAUGGCGUGAAAAGGCAAAGAAGGACUUGGAAGAGUGGAACUUAAGGCAGAAUGAACAGAUGGAGAGGAACCGGGCCAACAACAGGAUUGCUGACAAAGCCUUUUACCAGCAGCCGGAUGCCGAUGUGAUUGGCUACGUGGCCUCAGAGGAAGCCUUUCUGAAGGAGUCCAAGGAAGAGACACCUGGCACUGAAUGGGAGAAAGUGGCCCAGCUCUGCGACUUCAACCCCAAGAGCAGCAAGCAGUCCAAGGAUGUAUCCCGCAUGCGCUCAGUGCUGAUCUCCCUCAAACAGACACCUCUGGCUCGCUAGCCUAGCCAAAAAUGGUCUGGGGCUGGGGUGAGGAUGCAUAUUGCUCUUUUGCCAGCAACUUAGCUGCAGCACAACAGGCUUAGACAGCCACCAGUAGGGGACACCAAAGCAUCUCACCCCUGCCCCUUCCUCUCAGUAUGUUUGCGUCACUCAGAUUGGGUGGCUGCCUGUACCCCUCUCCUUGAUUUUACUUUGCUUAAAGGGUGCAUUGGUAUCUUUUUACAUAUAUUUAUUAACUCUGUGGUUCCUUGAGCAGCAGCCUUCUUUGGUUCCCACCUCUGCUGCCUUCAAGAAAGGUCACUCCCUAUUUCACAGUGAUGGGAGCAUUCACAGGCCUCCCUGUCCCUACACCCUGCAGGCCUAGCCCCCUUAGCCCAUCCAACUUGGCCGGCAUAGUAAGCAAAACACAAUUCAUCUUUCCAGUACUUUGCACCAGGGUUAGGAGGCAGCAGCAGAUCAAAAGGCAGCACCAUUUGCUGGUUGAACUUAAGGCUGCAAGCAGGAUUCCCGAGUCUGAAUCCCAGCUCUGCUGCUGUUUGCCCCAGUGCGGCGUGGCAACUCUCCAAAGUUGCCCAUUGGGGGAGAGCUGGGACUUAGGAGCACUUCUCAGCUGGUGCAUGACAACUUUGGCACUGAGAGGAGAUAAUGCCUGUUAGGAAAUGGGUUAUUCAGGGGGAAAUGUGCAAAGGGGAGAGGGAGAAAUGACAGAGGAACAAGUAACUCCAGUCUUGGUGUACUGAAAUUGUAAUAGAGGGGCUGAAUACGAGAUCUUGUGAAGUCAUAAAACAGCCGCUGAAAAACCCACACCAUUUUGGUGAGACCUACUGUACUUCCAUUUAGUAGAAUGUCACUUCUCCCGAUCACAAAGAUACCCAUGAAGUCAAGAACCUAUUUGGGCUUAGGUAAUGAAUGAGGGGAAGAAGAUAUGAGGGGGAACCAGAAAGCUUCCUUCACCCCACGUGAUGGCGGGGGUAAGGGUGUUAUUUGGUAAUUGCCUAGCACACUACAUGCAGGGACGUGAUGUGGGGCUAACGGCAGUUCUGGUUUCUUCCAACGUGUGUGCUUCUAAGUAACAAUAGAGGACAGGAGGGGGCAUUGUUUUAUUUGGGAUCCUCUCCCAUUAACACAGAAAUAUAGAAGGUUUUUAGACAUCUAAUCAAACCCAUCACUACCACCACUGACAGUUAAUGCACCCGGCUCAAGUACUAAAAUUUAGAUACUUUACAUCUUUGUUUUGGAGCUUGUUUCCCCAUCUAAACAGAGAUUUGCUGACAAUUGUAUACUGACCUUGGCAUGGCGCAGCUGAUAUCCUUUCUGCGGCCAUUAUGACCCUCUCCCACUAAUAAGCAGGAAGCAGGUGAAUGUGGGUCUAUAGUUGCCAUUGAGAGAAACUCCCUCCCUCAGUGGGUGAAUGGCAAGCUCAGCAAGUGAUGGUUUUUCUAGUAUUUGUUCCUUUCCAUGCUACAGGUCUUCCACUCUGCUCUUCCUCUUGUGUAACAGAUUGUCAGUUUACCUCUUGGGUAUAGCUCCUCUAAUGGAGAUUCUUCAUUUUGAGCAAAUAUAGAGCAGGUAGCACUAACAGCAGAUGUGAACAGGUCUUAAGAGCCACAGGCACAUGUGGCCACAAGGCAGCUUGGAAAUUAUAUGUCUUGGAGAGUCAGGAAAAUAUGGUCAAUUAGGGAGAGCUAGGAUGUCAGCUUAGCCUUAACUUUCACAUAUUGGGACUGAAGCAUAUUUUGGUUCAUGAAAACUACCUGUAAGCUCUUCAAAGGUGGAUUAUAUGGAUUCACAUCCCACCCCAGGUUGGCUUGGUAUGGAGCUGAUUUUGCUAUUCACAUCUAUAUUUAUAUAAUGGUAUUGUCCUCAUACGUUGGCUUCACUACAUUAUUUUUGCACAAUGGGAUGUUUGUGAGAAAGAGGCCCACAGAGAAAACUUUGAAGACGCUUGAAAUUUUCAAACUUUGAAGAAAACUCCAGAGAAGACACUUCUUUCAAGCAUUUUCUUCAAUACAAUCACUUUUGAAUUUUCCAGGUGGGCUAUAUCACACCAGUGCCUCAUCCUGCAAAAAUGAUGCAAUACAGCUCCCCUGUGAAGACUUUACACCAUUAAGGAGGUGGGUUGAUAUGGCCCUUGGCAUGUUUCACAGAAAGGGAUAGGAGUUGCAGUAGGGAAGAGGCAGCUCUUUCCAGUGAGAUACUCAACGAGGUAUAGGGUUUGUGUUGGUUUUCUUAAGUGUGGGAAUAGACCUUAUACAGCCUUGCAGUAUGGGGGUCAAAUAAAGUGGCUUGUUUCUUUCCAGGGUAUCUCAGGCCCAAGCCUUGCUGAUCAAUACAAAAGUGCUUCAAUUUGAAAUGUGAUGUUUGUGGCAAUCACACUACAACCAUAUGCUCUGGGCUGGUUCUAGCUAGGAGGUAAAAACGUAGAAAAAACAAAAUACCUUCACAGGGCAGAGUUCCCCAGGGAUGUUUCCUUUGGGUCUGUUACUUCUUCAGAUACCUAGUCAGGGGAUGAGCAAUCCACAUGCAAGUCUUUGUGAAGAGAUGGAGUCAAAGAAGGGCCAUAAAGUGACAAGAGAGACAGAUUCUGGACUGGUUGUGCUGCUGCUGCCUUUACCAUAAUCAGCUACUGAGCUGUUCACAGCCUAAAGACGACAGCCAGGUUAUGCUAUCCAGGAGCAAUGAUGGUCUGACUCAUCAGCCUUGUGGAAAUCAGGCUGCCACUUAGUCUUGCACCCCAGCCUUGAUAUUUGCAUUGGAGUCUGGGAGCAAGGAACAGCUCCUGCUUAGAGUCACCUGAUCAGUCCAGCGUUUCACUACCAGUCCAGCCUGUGCCCCUAGAGGCAGCAAUAGUAAGGAGGGCGGGAGUUUUGCCUGCAGCUGUCCUGUCCCCUCAGCUUAAGAACUGUGACUUUGUUAAACCACCUGUUAUCAAUAAACUGCCACUUCUCCAGA